GAUGUAUUACUAUAUUAGGUGACAUGGAACUUUGCAUCUCUCAUACCAUCACCGCAAUGUUGGCCAAUAGAAAGCUAAAGUCACCCAAAAACUGCCUAGUCCCUCCUUCCCUCGCCUUAUGGUCGGGUCGUACCUGCCCGCCGUGCACAAGUCAGGGCUACUCUCGGGAAUGCUAUGUGCCCCCUCCGGGAGCCCACGCUCCACCACUGCUCCACCUUGGCUGCUCCCCACCUACUUUUCCAUGACCCUGGGCUGCGGCCGCUGCCCCGCUGUCCUCCGCAAUGUUUCCUAGCCCUGUGACAAGCACCCCCUUCUCGGUGAAGGAUAUUCUGAACCUGGAGCAGCAGCAGCAGCAGGGCGGCCUGGGCUCCAUGGAGCUGGCCUCGCUGGCCUCCCCGUCCUGCAUGCUGGCCACCUUCAAGCAGGAGGCGUUCGCUGCCGAGCCCCCGGCCCUGCCCGAGCUGCGGGAGGAGCUGCCCGAGCCGCCCCCCGGCAAAACCACCGCCGCCUUCCCCGGCUCCUACUACGUGAAAAGCUACAUGGAGAUGGACUCGGCCAAGGAGGCCAAGGCAGACAAGAAAGAGCUGUGUUCCCUACACAAGAGCCUGGAGCAGGAGAAAAGAGACCUGGAAGAUCCCGAGCGCCCCAGACAGAGGAAAAGGAGGAAACCUCGCGUCCUCUUUUCUCAAGCCCAGGUGUACGAACUGGAGAGAAGGUUCAAGCAGCAGAAAUACCUCUCGGCCCCAGAGAGGGACCAUCUAGCCAACGUCCUAAAGCUCACCUCCACGCAGGUGAAAAUUUGGUUCCAGAAUCGAAGGUACAAAUGCAAAAGGCAGAGACAGGACCAGACGCUGGAAAUGGUGGGGAUCCCUCCCCCGCGGCGGAUCGCGGUGCCCGUGCUGGUGCGCGAUGGGAAGCCCUGCCUGGGGGAAUCGUCCCCCUACAGCUCGCCCUACAAUGUCAGCAUCAACCCCUACAGCUACAACGCCUACCCCGCGUACAGCAACUACAACAGCCCCGCCUGCAACGCCAACUACAACUGCAGCUACCCCUCCAUGCAGCCCAUGCAGCCCUCGGCGCCCGCCAACAACUUCAUGAACUUCAGCGUGGGGGACUUGAAUUCGGUGCAAACGCCCAUCCCGCAGGGCAACGCGGGCAUCUCCACCUUGCACGGGAUCCGAGCCUGGUAGAGCCCCGCGCCCAGCCCGCGUCCCCCGGGGAUGGGGAUGGACGGGCUGCGAGCCGGGCUCGGGACAGCUCCAGGC